GAUCCUCGCACCCGCAGUUUCUCGCUCGCUCACUUCGUUAUUUACACAUUUGCACAGCUGAGACAGCUUGAGAUUACGUGUGAUUUCUCCCUGCACGGAUGCUUGUCGUCGGCUCACCUGAGUUAUCAUGAUAACGUCGGCCACAUUGCUAGUGCUAUUUUUACAAUGUGCAAAUGCGUUCGUCAAUGUGGAGGAACUUAGGAGUUUCAAAUAUGAGGUUGACAUCGUGAGUACACCUGUGAAGAUCAGCGAUGAUAUUGGUGCAUCGGUAAUGCUCAUGAUGACAAAGUUUGGACAAGAGUAUCAGUGCUCCCUGCCUGAGAAUCCCUACCCGACGGAGCAUGCAGAGUCUGAUGAUCCUGAAGCGGAGGCACCGGACGUCUUGAAGCUACUGGAGCCACUAAGAAAUGCACCUUGUUUGACUAAGACGAGAAACUGGUGGACAUAUGAACUGUGCUAUGGAAAGUCGAUUAAGCAGUUUCACAUAGAAAAUGGCAAACCAGAAGGAGCAAUCAUAUUUCUUGGCCUCUACGACUACGAUUUUGACUGGAGCAAUGAAACAAACUUGGAACAGUUCAACAAAACAGGCCAACAAAAGUACCACAGCCAGGUUUACAGCCACGGCUCCAAAUGCGACAUUACUGGAGUCCCGAGGAGAGCGGAAGUCAGGUACUUCUGCGAUGAAGAGUCUACCGAUUACAUUGACAGCGUGGAAGAGCCAGAAACUUGUAGCUAUGUCUUCACGGUGCACACAUCGAGGGUGUGUGCGUUUCCGCCAUUGAAGCGGAUAUCUUCGUCCAAGCCUCACACCAUCUCCUGCAGUCCCAGGCUGACCGAAAAACAGUACCAGAAAUACCUGGAAGUCAAAGAGAAUGAAAAGAAAUUGGAGGUAGAGAAGAGAAAACUGUGGCUGCUCGAACAGCAGAAAAACCUGGAAGCCAUCAAAUCUUUCGUGAAGAAGGAUCCCAGCAGUUAUGAACCUGGAGAAACCUGUGGUGGACAUAGAAAAUGGUGUGGAGAAACCUGUGGUAGACAUUCACGAACUGAGGUGCCAGCCGAGACGCAGAAUGAUGAAGCCCCCAUUCUGGAAAAUACACGAAACGAUGUGGCAAAGCAGUUCAAGGAAGUGUUCAGCAAGAAGGGAGAAGGCGACCUUCAUGACGAAGCCACUGCCCAGUUCAAAGAUGGCAGUCAGGCAGACAUGAAUGUUGUGCUCGAGAGACUGAUGAAACGGCUCAAACAGAUGGAGGCUGAUACCGAGGCUGAUGCUGAAGAAAGCUCGGGAAGUAGUUCUCUGCAGCGUGUUGCUGAAGGGCAGCAAAGCACUGAGCAUCUCGGAGAGCCAGAGGAUGCCACUCGGGAUGCAACGGGGGGUGAAGAUGUUGCGGGAGAUGAAGACGCUGGAGAUGAUUCCGGUUCCUUAGUUAGUACAGAAGGGCAUCAAGAUAUUUCUGAAGAAGGAGGUGACUAUGAAGACAACUCAGGGUACCCAGGUGAAGAUGGUCAAGAAGAACAGGGCCAAGAAGAAGGAGAUCUUGAGAGCCAAGCAAAUGCAGAGCCAGAAGAGGCUGGCAGCUUGCGGGUUCGUAUCCGUCGGUACGGCCAGCGUAAGUCUAAGGAGCCCGGAAAAAAGACUGCCAAAUACCAGGAAUUGGAUUUGCCUUCCGAGGACAAGUCGAAGUUGGAAACUGCACUGAGAGACAGGCUACAGAAAGCGGGCGUUUCUGCAGGAGGAAGAAAAAUUGAAGUUAAGAUAAUCACUGCUGGUUAUUACGAUGACGAGGAAGCGAAAGGCUUGAACGUUCUUUCUCCAGAAGAGACAAGACAGUUUCAGAACAUGAUAGUUACCCUCCUGAUGGGAAACCAAGAGGCUACACAGGAAAUUGAAAAGCACCUCAGGCUGGAGAAGAAUUACAAUUUUGUGUGGAACAAUGAAGAGACCAAUACAGACACACCAGCUUCAACUACGGAAGAAGAAGAAGAAGAGAGAUAGCUGCCGCACACACACACACAUCGUAACACUAGUCAUCACUGCAGCUGUCUCGAAUCUCUAUACACAAACUUUCAUACACAAACAGAUGGGGGGAGGGGGACGUAGUAGUCGGAAUGGGCAGUGUGCAUUGUACGUGCAUUUUUAUGCACUAAGUGAGUGGAACACCUUGUCACGCGUUAGCAAGCGGCACGUUUCGAUCUCGGCUCGCUUGCUGUAGUUGUGAACACAUCUUUUGUAUAUUUUUUUCCCACUGUGUUUUUACCGAAAAUAAAAGUGAAUCAUGCUGCAUCUGUACACAUUAGAUAGUGGCUUGAUCUUUUUAUAUUACUAAUUAGUGGAGGGCAAAUUGGUUUGUCAGACACAGCCAGCAAAUUUAAACAUAAUAAAGUUAAAGGAUGCCCAAGAGGAAA